GAUCGGUGUGCCCUUCUACUUCUCCUUCAAGUUCCAUUCUCAGCUUGCUCCUCUGUUUUUUUCCUGUUAGGAAAACUAAAAUUUUCAUUCGUAUCCUUGUGAUUUUCUUUAUAUUCAAUAUCAUCGUUACUGAUUCAAUUCAAGAUUUUCGUUUUUGUUUAUUCUUUUUCGAAGUUGAAUUGGUGUAAACUCUAGGGUUUUGAGAGAGUCACCUAUGGGUGAAGGCAAAAUGGAGGAUAUGCCGUUACCGGCUCUCUUCGAACAAGCUCGUAAGAUCCAUAUAACGGCCACGGAGUCCGGUGCUGAUCAGGAUUUGGUAAAGAAAGGAUCCGAGGUACUGGGGAAGUGCGAGGACAUGAUAAGCAAGCUGGGGCUUUUCUCAUCUAAUGAGAAUAAAGAUGACAUCAGCACCACCAAUCUCAAGUACCUUCUGGUGCCAUUUUAUCUUGCAGAGCUGACGGAAAAGCUUGUGCAGGAUGACAGAAUACAGAUUCUCAAGACUUCGCAGUCAAAAUUGAAGGAAUUCAUUUCAUUUUGUGAGGCAAUGGAACUUGUACCACAGGAAGAGUUGGAAGCUUCUGCACAAGGAGCUUCAAAUUCUUUUGCUGAUCGAAGAGCCUUAAAGAUUGCUCGGUUCAGACGCCAAAGAGCUGCAGAAGCAAAGCUGACAGAAAUAAAGGAGCGGAAGGAACGGCGCGGGCGUUCAACCAAAGCAGCUGCCUUAUCCACUCCUGUUGAGGCUGGAGAGGAGGAUGAGCAGGAUGAUGACGGGGAGGAGGAACGGGAGGCUUGGCUUACAACUAUCUUGUUGGCUAUUUGUAAGGCUUUUGAUCUGCUUGAAAUGCUAAAGAAGGAAGAAGAAAUGCUUUCUGCCAUAAAGGAAAAACAACUAAAGGAAGGGGAAAAGGGAUUUUCUCAGGCUAUCCUUGAUGAUCGCACCAAGAAAGCCGAGGCCUGGCAUCGUGAUGCUGCAGCUCGUGCACGAUAUACUAAACCUGCACCACCUAUCACAUGUGCAACAUUUGCUCAAGAUGUUAUAGAAGGAAGGGCAAAUGUUUCACAGGCACAUGAUCACAAACACCAGCCGAUGAUCUUUGGACCACAAAGCCUUAUUGGUGGAAGCCUUACAAAUGAGAGGCAAAGGAUGGCAGCACAGGUUUUCCAACCUGGUCAUAGGAUGCCAACCAUGAGUAUUGAGGAAGCUGGUCUGAGGGAGAUGGAAAUGAUGAAUAAAUGGCAGGAGAGGAAUGCAAAAAUGUUUGAAGAAGCCAACUCGGCAUGGUAUAAGGACAGCCCAAAGUUGGGACCAAGUGAAGAUGAUGAAGACGAUGAUGCUGCCCAAGAGAAGGCAAGAGCAUGGGAUGAUUGGAAAGAUGAUAAUCCUCGAGGUGCUGGCAAUAAAAAGCUCACCCCCUGUGGGUAAAGCUGAUAAGUAGUUGGUCAUAUUUCUUUUAUGAAGUAUUCUUUCAAACCAAAUUACUGGUGGUUUUUGGUUUUAGGAACAUUUUCUGAACCUUUAUUUUUCUUAUAGAAUAUUGUUCUUGCAAAAUUUUCAGUUUGCUUUGAGCAAUGUAUAAAAUUCAUAUUGGUCGAUAAGAGCAAACUUGGUCCUGUGUAGGUGUUACCAGAUUUUGUCGUCUGAGUUGAUUGUUUCAGGGUUUAAGCAAAUAUCAAGGUGCCAAACUUUGAGACGAGAAUAAUGAAAUGGGAGCAUGAUUCAUGCACGAAACAUCAGAGGUCCCAAGGUGGAUUGCUGUUCGUUGGCACCGUAUGGAAGACGUAGAGCGUCUGGUAAACCUUCAUUGGCUAACCCCCACCCUCAGUUCACGUGCUGUGCUGUUGAAAAGCGUGGAUGGUGUCCGUACAUGUUGGCAAAUAAUAAUGAAAUCGAAGCUGAACUGCUCUUGAUUGAA